AUGAGCAGCCUCGUUGUUGCUGGAUUUCCGAUAGGUGGUAUUUUCGGUGCAUUGUUUGGAGGUUCUGUCUCAAAUAAAGUGGGACGAAAGUUGUCUCUUUUCAUCUUCAACAUUCCGAUGGCCAUUGGAUCUCUCCUGAUGAUGGCGUGUCAAGCAGCUGCUAGCUUUGAAAUGAUCAUCGUCGGCAGAGUGCUCGUUGGAUUUGCCUGUGGCGCCUUCACCGGGAUAGCACCAGUGUAUCUCGCAGAAAUCGCUCCAGUCAGCAUUCGCGGUAUGUCGGGGAUAAUGCACCAAUUAGCCAUUGUCAGCGCCAUUCUGGUUUCCCAAAUCCUCGGUUUGCAAGAAUUAAUGGGGUCGACAAAACUCUGGCCUUAUCUCCUCGGUCUGACAAUCCUACCCUCGGUCGUUCUACUUCUCCUCUUCUGGAUUUGCCCAGAUAGCCCUCGCUAUAUUCUGUUGAAUAGUCGGGACCUGGAGGGUGCGAAAUCUGCCCUUUAUUGGCUUCGAGGCGAUACUGAAGUUGUUAAUGAGGAGAUCAGAGAGCUUUUAAUUGAACAAGAUGACGGAAACGAAAACCAUGCCAAAUUUCCGCUGAAAGACCUCUUCCACAUCAAAGCUCUGCGUUUGGCUCUCUUUGUUGCCGUUGUAGCUCACUUGGCCCAACAGUUCUCCGGAAUAAAUGCUGCGCUCUUCUACUCCACUUCGCUAUUUGAAAGCAUCGGACUUACUUCACAGGCCGUGUAUGCGACGUUGGGUGUGGGCUCAAUGAUUGUUGUCAUCACCGUGGUCUCCAUCUUUCUUAUCGAACGUGUCGGUCGGCGAAUUCUUCUUAUAGGCGGUCUCAGUAUGAUGCUUUGCAGCGCUGUCAUCAUCACCAUCGGCUUGGCUCUUCGCAACCACGCCUCUGGCCUUGUCUACCUUGCCAUCACCUUUAUCUAUAUCUUCGUUGGCGGUUUCGCUAUCGGACCAGGUUCAAUCCCGUGGUUUGUGGUAGCUGAAUUAUUUGUGCAGGAGACACGUGAUCCUGCCAUUGUGAUCACAGUCAUCGUUAAUUGGCUCGCUCAAAUUGUUAUCAGCCUUGGAUACCCUCUUCUCUUGGCAAGUUUCCUCAUCUUUCGUUUUUUUAAGACAGCGCUGCUCUUCACCUUGGUGAAAUACUUGAAGGACUUCUCCUUCAUGCCGUUCAUUGGCCUGCUGGUGAUCUUUAUUGCUCUGCUUUACCUAUACCUGCCAGAGACGAAGGGCCGACCCCCUUGCGAUGUGCAGGAGGAGUUUGUGCGCAUGGCCAGCGGCGGAGGGGACGAUGUCGCCCUCGGCUCUUACACUCACUCCCUUCCCAGCGAAGAUGGCGACAUUGGAGCAACAGUAUCUCAGAUGGCUCUAAGUCCGAAGCUCUCGCCUUUUAAAUCACCCUGUAUGUAUGCAUCCCUUACGUACGCCCCUUUUAUCGAUGUGUUGGAAGUUGAAACGAGCAUCCACAAAGUUCAAAGCGGCAUUGAAAUUCAGGAGGUUGUGCGACCCUUGUUCCCCUCACAUCCAAGCUUUAGCAUUCUAAGUGUCGGCUCUACGAUAAGCGGUCACCAAAUCUGUUCCGGGUACCGCGUGCGAAAGUCAUCCCAGAUAGGCUGUGAUCGGACUUUGGACUGCUGCACUUGCGAUCGCAUGUCUCGAAUUCUAUUCUUACCCAGGCUUUAG